AUGUACCUUAGAAGUGUUACACGUUAAGAAAUGUAAGGGUAAAUUGAUUCACUCAAAUUGCAAAUUGAGCAAGCAAGAUAGAACCACGAACGUACAAUCAAAUAAAUUAGGUCUGAUCAUUAGAAAGAGGUAAGGAUAUUCACAUUUGAUAGAUUACAGUUCUUUAAGAUGAAAUUAAAAAGACUUAAGAGAUAGUAGCUAAUGUGCAAUUUCAAUAAUACUUUAAGAUGAAGAAUGAUAACUAAAAGUUAUUAUAAGAGAAUGCAUUAUUGAGAGAUAUGCUUAGAGCUUGUUAAAUCACAAAUUCUACAAAGGAAAUGGAAGUAUCACGAUUAAGAUAGAAAUUACGUAGAAUAGAGGGACAAUCAUUAGAAGUUCGUAAAGAGCCUAGUAAUUAAGUAUACUAUAAGACGAUAUUAUAAAGUCAAGAUAAAAUGAUUAUUCAGUUCUACGCAAAUACUCAAAUUACAGACAUCCAACUUAACCAUCAUUAAAUGAAUCGAAUACAGAACCAUCACCUAAACUAUUGCCUAUCAAAUUCAAAGUUAAUUAAUGA